AUGAAAGCACAGUGCGAGUUGCGGGUCAUCCAGAAUGAGAUCGGCGUCAUGUGCUUUAGUCGCUCCAAAGAGUCUAGGAAGAUGCCCUGGGGUGCAGCUCUGCAUAUCCAGGCAAAGUUGGAAGCCUGGUAUGGAGGUUUGCCUGUUCAACUGCAGCCUCGCUGUAUCGUAUACCCCGCUCAUCUUAUGCUACAUUGCGAGUACUAUGCGGCUCUUGUAACUUUGUUCCGGUCGCAGAUCUCGUCUGGGGAUGAUGGCGACCAGCUGUUGACGCAGCAUCAACGUAACGCAGCUGAGCAAAUGGUUACCCGAGCAAGCGUUCAACUCGAGAGUAUCUUGCGCUUAUACUACCUUCGCCAUAGUUUCGAGGCUUACGACUCUACGCUUACUAUCUUCCUGGCCCAGCUCGCCAACCUAACUUUAGAGCCUCUUGAACAACUCGAACGAGAUCCGGGCAACGCUCCCCCGGAAGUCAGCGAAUCUCUCCUAUCGACACUCGUCUUAUGCUUCAGUGGCUUAUAUGAGCAAUCCAAAAGCGCCUACAUCGCCGGUGUCAUGCUCAUGAUCAUGAAGAAAAGACUGAGUGCCGACGUUCGUAACGCUGUCGGGCGUUAUGUUAUGAUCGAAGAGACGGAUGGUGAUAGUGAUUCAAUGGACGAAACGGACCUAGAGUUUUCACAUCCAAUUCUUUCGGAGCUCAUUCUGCCGGGUACAAGCCUCAGCGACGAUCCAAAGUCGUGGAGAUUGAAGAAUUUGGUGGAUGAUCCUAGGAGGUAUUCAGGGUAG